UUACUCAUAAAACCCAUCUUUUACAUUUCCUACUUUCCUCAAUCAUUCUCGCCGCCCGCCGCGAUGUUCGAACCACCACCACCUCCGCCGCCGCCCUCCCUUCUCUUCCUUUUCUUCUUCUUCUUCUUCAUUUCGUCCAUAACCGCCGCCGAUGCCAUUGCUGUAUUCAAGGAGGCCCCCCAAUUCUAUAACUCCCCGGACUGCCCCUUGGUCGUCACUGGCGAGGAAAACGGUAACCGACUUUGCUCAUACGACGGCAUCCACGUGGCGAUGACAUUGGACACCGCAUACAUCCGAGGGUCCAUGGCGGCCGUCCUCUCCGUUCUGCAACAUUCCACUUGCCCCCAAAAUGUAAUAUUCCAUUUCGUUUCCUCUGCCUCUGCAAACGCGUCGGAUCUACGCGCCACAAUUUCCUCCUCCUUUCCAUACCUGAAAUUCCAAAUCUACCCGUUCGACGACGACGCCGUGUCUCGUCUGAUCUCCACCUCCAUCCGAUCGGCUCUGGAUUGCCCUUUGAACUACGCGCGUAGUUACUUGGCCGACCUCCUUCCUCUCUGUGUCCGUCGUGUCGUCUAUCUCGAUUCCGAUCUAAUCCUCGUCGACGACAUCGCGAAUCUCGCUAAUACCCCUCUAAACGAUGCCGUUUUAGCCGCCCCGGAGUACUGCAACGCCAAUUUCACCUACUAUUUCACUCCCACAUUCUGGUCCAAUCCCUCUCUGUCUCUCACCUUCGCCAAUCGCAACCCCUGUUAUUUCAACACCGGCGUCAUGGUCAUCGACCUCGCCCGGUGGCGCCUCGGCGAUUUCACCGCCAAAAUCGAGGAAUGGAUGGAGCUUCAGAAGCGGAUAAGGAUCUACGAGCUGGGAUCUCUGCCGCCAUUCAUGCUCGUUUUCGCCGGAAACAUUGCCCCCGUGGACCACCGCUGGAACCAACACGGUCUCGGCGGUGACAAUUUCCGGGGACUCUGUCGAGAUCUACACCCCGGUCCAGUGAGCCUACUGCAUUGGAGCGGAAAGGGGAAGCCAUGGGCCCGGCUCGAUGCGAACCGGCCGUGUCCAUUGGAUGCUUUGUGGGUCCCUUAUGAUCUGUUGCAAACUCCAUUUUCAUUGGAGUCUUGAUUAGUUGAAGCUCCUCGAAACGGCCUCGUUUUUAGGAUUACAGAGGAAGGCGACGGCUGUCCGGAGAAGGUACGAUUGUCC